AUGGGGGUCGUCGAAAGAGCUUGGAAGUGGAGCGCGUUGUCAUGUCUGCUCACAACGACUGCCUCGGCUAUUCAGCCGACCGUGAAGGUACUCAAUGGAACCUACGAAGGCCUGUACCUACCGGGUUUCAAUCAGGACGUCUUUCUCGGCGUUCCAUACGCGCAGGACACAGGGAGCGAAAACCGUUUCCUUGUCCCACAGUCGUUAAAUACGACAUGGAACGGCACGCGUCUGGCCAAACAGUACGGACAUGCUUGUCCUGACCCCCAAACUGAAAGAGAUGCGGAGUUUGGCAUGAGCGAGGACUGUCUCAGUAUUAAUAUUGUGCGUCCAGCUGGUCUUUCGGCAAACGAAUCUGCAAAACUACCAGUUGCUGUCUGGAUUCACGGUGGUUCGUACCAAGUGGGUACCAGUGCACUACCAAACUACAACCUCACAUACCUCGUCCAACGAAGCGUGGAGAUUGGCAACCCCAUAAUUGCUACUAGCAUCAAUUACCGGAAAGGGGGUUGGGGCAUGAUGUACUCGCGCGAGAUUCAAGGGACAGGCAAUACGAACCUGGCCCUACGAGACAUGCGCAAAGGCCUUGCCUGGAUUUCUGAGAACAUUGGUGCUUUUGGCGGCGACAAGGACAGCGUUACCAUCUGGGGAGAGUCAGCAGGCUCCUUCGCUGUUGGCCAGUUACUGGUGAGUUAUGGCGGACGAACAGACGGGCUCUUCCAUCGCAGCAUCCAAGAAUCCGGAUCUGUAGCGACAGCAUGGUACAACGGCUCGGACUGGUACCAACCAAUAUACGACAACAUCGUCGACAAGACAAACUGCACAACUCUCCCAGACACACUGGCCUGCCUACGCACAGUCCCCUAUCACACUCUGCUUCCUCUGAUGGCGAAACCCGUCCAAGGACCAGGCUGGUACCCUACGGUUGACGGCGACAUCAUCCCCAAUUUUCCCACCGAGCUUCUACACGCCGGCCGCUUCGCGCACGUCCCGCAUCUCUACGGUUCCAACACAGAUGAAGGAACAGACAACGCGCCUGCUGGCGGCGUGAUAAACACGACGCAGCAGCUGUACGACUUCGUGAAAGGGAGCACAGGCUUUGGCUUCCCCGACGCCGUCGUCACAAAGCUCCUUGAACUCUACCCCGAGGAUCCAGCUCAAGGUAUACCACUGAAUACCGGGGAAGAAAGAUUCGCAGAGCAAGGUGUACAGUAUAAACGCAUAGCCGCCAUCAUGGGUGAUGUCUUUUAUCAUGCUCCUCGACUCGACGACGCACGACACUACUCAAAGUACAGUCCGACGUACAUCUACCGCUUCAACACACGGCCGUGGCAGUCAUCCUCUGCGUCUAACGCGUCCGAGGGUGGAUUGGCGCCGGCGUACAAGGGCGUGCAGCACUUCAGCGAGACGCAGUUCGUAUUUGCGAAUCCAGCGUUCUACGGUCCGUGGCCGGAGUACGAGGCCCUGAGUGACACAAUGAGCGCGCAGUGGAUCAACUUCAUUGCAGGAGGCGAUCCGAAUGGACGGGGGUUGCCUAGGUGGCCCAAGUAUAGUGAGAGUAAGAAAGGAAGCAAUUUGGUUGUUCAGGCGAGCGGAAGGGGGCAGAACGGUAGUUUUAUCGAAGAAGACACAUGGAGGUUGGAGGGGAGGGAGUUUUUGACAGAGUGGGCAAGGAGGAGGCAUGUGUGA